UAUUAUCCUUCCCCAUGCAUCGCAUCCUUUUUGGUGGCUCCUUUUACAUUUAAAAAAAUAAAUAAAUAAUUAAUUAAUUAAUUAAUUUAAUUGAUUGAUUAUGGUCAAAUCAAUUGAAAAUUCAUUGAAAAGAUUAUGUAGUAUAGAAACCAUAUAAGUUAUGAAUUGGUAUUUAAACCAUAUUAUCAUAUUUUAGUUUUUAUAAAAAAAAUAUUGAAGGGCAUAACUGUAAAUUCAGAUAACCUCUUCCGUCCGCCGCACAUUUUUCAUGGGAUGGAUUGAAUAUUAAUGAUCUCCGUUUUUCUUAGAGGGAGGGGAAGUGUAUUCAAAGCAGGCAACAACCACUCCCAGAAAGAGGGGAAAAAAAAAAAAGGAAAUCAGAACUUCGAGGAAUUUCUAGGGGGAAAAGGGGAUGGGAAGAGCAAUUACGUAUGUGAUUCUUGGUGGAGGCGUAGCAGCUGGGUAUGCAGCUCUUGAAUUCACGAAGAGAGGCAUUUCUCAUGGUGAACUCUGCAUAAUCUCUGAAGAACCAGUUGUGCCAUAUGAGAGACCUGCAUUAAGCAAAGGUUUUUUGCUUCCAGAAGCUCCUUCACGCCUACCAUCAUUUCACACUUGUGUUGGUGCUAAUGAGGAGAGAUUAACUCCAAAAUGGUAUAAGGAACAUGGAAUUGAACUGGUCCUUGGUACUCGAGUCAAAUCUGCUGAUGUGAGGCGGAAGACGCUACUAACAGCAACUGGAGAAACAAUAAGUUACAAGAUUCUCAUCAUUGCAACAGGUGCUCGGGCAUUGCAGCUUGAAGAAUUUGGAGUGGCUGGAUCAGAUGCUGAAAAUGUGUGUUAUUUACGUGACUUGGCUGAUGCCACCAGGCUUGUUGAUGUCAUGAAAUCUUGUACUGGUGGGAAUGCUGUUGUGAUUGGCGGUGGGUACAUAGGCAUGGAGUGUGCUGCAUCUUUGGUGAUAAAUAAAAUAAAUGUUACAAUGGUCUUCCCAGAAGCACAUUGCAUGGCCCGUUUGUUCACACCAAAGAUUGCGAGUUAUUAUGAAGAUUAUUACAAGUCUAAAGGAGUAAAGUUCAUUAAAGGAACGGCCUUGUCAUCAUUUGAUAUCGACGACUCUGGAAAGGUCACAGCAGUUACUCUCAGGGAUGGGAAUCGGCUCCCUGCAGACAUGGUUGUGGUGGGAAUCGGAAUCCGCCCAAAUACAGGCCUGUUUGAGGGCCAACUAACUUUGGAAAAGGGUGGGAUCAAAGUGAAUGGAUGGAUGCAGUCAAGUAAUAGCUCAGUCUAUGCUGUUGGAGAUGUUGCAGCAUUUCCUGUCAAACUCUUUGGAGAAACCCGCAGACUUGAGCAUGUUGACUCAGCCCGAAAGUCAGCAAGACAUGCUGUUACUGCAAUAAUGGAACCAGCCAAGACAAGUGAAUUCGACUACCUACCAUUCUUCUACUCCAGGGUCUUCACGCUGUCUUGGCAGUUCUAUGGGGACUCUGUAGGGGAAGUGGUUCAUUAUGGGGAUUUCUCUGGAAGCACUUUUGGUGCUUACUGGGUGAGUAAAGGCCAACUUGUUGGGUCUUUCCUUGAAGGUGGAACGAAAGAGGAGUAUGAGGCCAUAGCCAAGGCUACCAAGCUGAAGCCAGAUGUUGAAGACUUAGCUGAGCUGGAAAGACAAGGUCUGGGUUUUGCAUUGGCAGUCAGUCGGAAACCACCACCAUCACAGCCUCCUGAGGUGAGCAGCUCUGGCCUCAAUCUUCAAAAACCAAUGUAUGCUUGGCAUGCAACAGCAGGGGUGAUUGUGGCUGCCUCCGUAGCUGUAUUUGCAUAUUGGUACGGAAGGAAACGCCGAAGAUGGUAAAGAAACUAGUCAUCUUAUUUCCAGUUACUGCUGUUGCUGAUUCAGUGAUGUAAUACUCAUGUUGUAGCAUUUACAGGGAUAGAGAAUUUCGAGUCUUCGACACACUUGCUAUUAUAUGAUCAUUUCUAUUCAAGUGAAAGAAUGGCCCAAAAUAUUAUUCAUUACUA